AAGAAGCCGAGCGGCGAGGGGGAAAGCGAAACUUUGCCGGCUUGCCUUGCCUUGCUCAGCUGCUGGUGCGUCAGAGAGGAGCGGGCUUCGCAGAAGCGGGGAAGCCUCCUUUCUGCUGAGCUGCGGGGUAGCCAUUGCGGAGUUAAGCCGAGGCUGGGGGAAAAACUUCACCCUGGAUCAGCAAUUGCAUGAAAAGGGCUUUAAAUGCCCUGAAUGUGGCAGUGCUCAGCCUGCAUCUCACAAAUUCUGCAGUGAAUGUGGGAAGAAGUUAGCUGAGGCUUCUUCUACCAGCACACAAAUUGCAGAAAACAGAGAUGCAAAACUGACUUCAGUGCUGGAGAUGGAGCCUGGGGGCGAACUGAGAGUGGAAAGCUCCCCUUCCUUGGGAUCUUCCGUUGAUAAGCAGCCACUAACUGGGGAAGCACAAGGGGAGCCAGAAAAAUCUUUAUCUGAGAGCCCUGGGAGUCAAGCCUCUCUCACACAGAAAAAAAAGAAGAAAAGAAGAAGAAAAAGAAAAGGCGUCCCUCAGAUGCUGAAGUUCAGGACUCCUCGAUGACAUCCUUGACAAGCUGUUUUAGUUCAGCACCACCAAGUCUUGAUCACUUUAGCCCUGAAGUGACAGAUGCAAAAAACCAACCAAAGGAAAUUCAAAGGCCCAGAAGAUAAAUUGACCAAAUCAGACAAGGAGUCAGCUGGUGACAGUGGAGGUCAGAUUAAAAGUAGCCCCUUAGACAUAAAUCAGAGUCUAGCAGUUGUUGCAGAAAAAUAUGUUGGUGAUAUUGAUACCAAGAGUCAGGAUAGUAAUAAUGGUGCAGCAGACCAGCAUGUUGGUGCUGCAGUUGCAGAAGAGAAGAUGGAGGAGGAAAGCUCUGAAAAGAAUGAUGUAAUUGGUGAACAGACAGGUUCUAGUAAAGAACAAAGUAAGACAAGUUCUACUGCAACUGAUCUGUCUCAGGGAAAUACAUCAGAUACCCAGACUUUGGUUGCAACACAACCUAAUUCUGAUGGAGAUGCAGAGAGUGCCUCUUUGGACCCUCGCUGUACUGGUGAAUGUUCUGAAAAUAAAGUUGCAAAAUCAAGUACAGAAGAUCAAAAUCGGGAAAUUAAGACCACUUCGUCUGAAUCGGAAGUGAGCCCGGGUCAUAAGAAAAAAGUUGAAGAGACCAAGCAACAGACAAGUGCUUCGGUUUCAAAGAAAGCCAAGUUGGAAGAACAGACUAAAGCGGAAAAUGUCUGCAAAAAACCAGAAGAAGCAACAACUCCAGCAGAAGGGUCUGAGAAGGGAAAGACUUCUGCUGCUACCAAUGAGAAGAAGCAACAGAAAGAUCAAAAGACCAAGAAGCAGCAGGCAAACCAGGAAGUCAAGCAGAGCCAUGUGAGUUCUGAUGAAGGCGUUACAGUAUAUUUUCAUGCUAUACUUUCCAAGGACUUCAAGUUGGAUCCUGAGAAGCACAAAGUUUUUGUCAGGGCACAAGGCAUAUCUGGCUAUGUUAACUGGAAGGAAAAUGUCUGUGAGAUGACUUUCACAAAGGAUCUUGGUGAGCAUGGUCACCUAAUGGAAGGCUGCGUAAUUAUUCAUAAGAAUAAUAUCCAAAAACCAAUUCCCUAUAAAUACUAUGUUGCACGUGGGAAGGACGGAGAGUGGGAAUUCAUUUACAAACCUUGUCCUAAAGGAAUGAUUGUAAAUCGUUUUUUGUUUAUAGCGUCAGCAUUACUAUAUGGCCCAGAUUGGCAUCAGUAUGACGAUAUAGUAUGUGUUAAACCAUCUGACACUUUCUGGAAUACUAUUAAGAACAACAUUCCUGGGCUUAAAAAUCCAGAGAAAGAGGUUGUGAAAGGAAAACAAAUAGCAGCAAAGGUGAUGCUAGAAAGUCUCUUCAGUAUAUUGAACACUUGGACUCCUCUCAAUGUCAGCAGCUUCAUCCAUCAGUUCGAUCAGUUUUUUUGUGUGAAUUGGAAACCAAUGGUAUAUGAGGGCAUGCCAAAGGAAUGGACUGAUUUACAGUUUGGAGAAAAAGAGAUCAAGCAGUUAAUUCUCGAUUAUUUAAGAGAAACAGCCCAUCCCCUCCUUAAUCAGAACAAUGCAAGCUGUCCAUCUUGGAACAAGGCAAAGAAAAAUAAGCUGGGCCUGGCAGUGAUCAUUCUUGUACUAGGAGAAUAUUAUAGACUUCCAACAUCAAAAGAUGAUCUGGUCCAGUUAUGUAGCCUUCUUUGUUUGGAGAAACCACCAGCAGAUGAAGCAAAAUCUUUCAAAGAACUGUUUCCACAUGAGCUACGUGUGGAACAAUAUUUGAAGAGGUUUUGCAAUCAUUGUAUCGAAGAAAAAAUUAAUGAGUGGCUGUGGACAAUCCCAGCUUUUCAUCUAUUUACUGCUUCUGUUGAUCUUGAGCAUGUUCCUGUGAAUACUCUGCUGGAAUCUGAAGAGAAGUGUGCAGGGCUGGAAGGACUUGUAUUUGUUGAAUGCAGGAAUAAACAGGAUCAUAAAAAACACUUGCUUACACUAAUGAAAAAUAAGAAACAUUUGAUGAACGGAGAUAGAGCACUGUUCAGGUCAUGGUUCACCCUGCUGCCUCUGGGGGACUUGGUUGAAUUUAUCUCCGAGUUUUCUGCUUAUCCGUUAGAUUGUCUUCUAGGAACCUUUCAUCGACUGAAGAAUUCGCAAAUCGAUUGCCGUAACUUUGAGGAAAUAGAAAAGCUUCUGGAGAUGGUGAUAAAUAUCCUCUGUAAUACACAGAAUGGCAUGCUGCAGCAGGACUCUUGGAACUCGUAUGUGUCAGUCUGUGUAAGACUUCAUCAGAUGAUAUGCACCAAAGUUAAAAUGGUAAUGCGAUACAAGAUACCAGCUUCAUCUGCUGCGAUUUUUUCAAGGAUACUUGGACUUGCACCUUCAGAGGUUGCAGAAAUAUUCCAAAGGCUCUGUGAAGAUACCAGGACCUGGUUUCGUCAAGUUUUGACAAAACCUUUGCUAAAAAGUUGUUCAUAUUCAUCUUCAGUUACAUUCACAUUUGGAGCAGAACUUGAGGCUUGGGAUCAUUUUUUGAAAAUAGACUUUGCCAAUACAACUUUCACAGAAGAGUGGAAGAAAACUUUAAUCACAGAUAUGGAAGGCAGAAUCAAAAAGGAAUCUGCUGUUGAACAGAUUAAAGCCUACUGCUGUUGCCAUGAGGAAAUGGAACAAUUUGACCCUAUGAUUAGCAAAGCUUUUGAAAACUGUGCCAUAGACGCUAUAAAAUUAGCAUACCAGGAACAGACUAAUCUCCUUGAACUGAUAUCUCGUUACAAUUUGAGCAAGCUGGGUAAACUUGUAUCUGCUGCCAUCAUAAAACCAUGGCCAACUGAUGUAGCAGGGAAGCCUAUAAGAGAUUUGGAAGGCGUGCUGAAUCAUCUGCUUGUUUGGCCAGACAUCAAGCAUCUUUUCAUCUUCAAUGGUGUGGUUGAAAACAUUCUGGACCAACUUACUGAAGAAGCCCAAGAGCUAAUGGCCAGCGCUGACUCUGUAUAUACAAAGGUUUCUGAUGAACUCAUGACAGGCCAUAUCCUAGUUAAACAUUUAGAGCUGGUUUUAAAGCACAAGAAGCAGUUUCUGUCCAUUUGGGAAUUAAGGCCCAAGCAUAUUUCGCUGUUUGAUGAAAAAGAGCACAGAUCAAAACUAGAAGGAAUACUUGGCUUGAGGCUGCAAGAACUACUGUAUGUCAAGAGGGAGAAAAACUGUUUGGAAUCCCUCUUGAACAUGUGCAGGAAAGUGCAAGAGUAUAUCAAAGUGGAAAUUUCUGAAAUAGAGCAGAAGCACAGUGAAAACCUGGCCUCAAAAGCACUGGACGAUGUUGUGAAUGUGAGAGACAUUUCCCAGAGUGCUGAUAAAAUUGAGACAUAUUACCACCUGAGUCCAGCCCUGAAGAAGAUAGCGGAAAUUGUGAAUAACUUUAAAGAGAGUGACGUCUUCCAGUACUGCUGGGAGUGGGCAGCCAAAAAACUUGUCGUUGAUGAAGAUAUUGCUGCUCUGGAGCUUGAUGAAGUGCCUCCCUCUCUUUUUGAUCCUUGUUACCGUGAAUUCUUGAGGCUGUAUAACAGUCUGAAAUCUGGAGAGCUCAUGUUUUCUGAAGUAGACAUGCUCUUCAGAGAUUUUACUAACUGUUACGAGGAUCUGAAAAAGGAUUUUCAGGUUAUGUGCAAUCUACAGCGUCAAGAUGGUGGAGAAUGGAUAGAUGAGCGGAUUCAACAAAUCCAGCAAUAUCAUGAAUUGCAUUUGGCCAUGGACUCUGCUAAGGUUAUCGACAAGGUCAGGGAAGGUUUGAAUCUCUCUGGUGACUUCAGAGUCCUGCAACAGUUACUUAACUUCUUACAGAAAUUCCAGUUUCAGAAAGAGAAGCUCUCCUCCAUGAGUAUUGAAUUGAUGCGUGUAAAAAAAUCGCUGCAAGACAUAACUGAACCACGUCGUAGGUGCCUUGAGGAGCUGGCACUCAGGAGGGAUUUUGUCAGCUGGGUCAAAGAAUCCCUGGAAGAUAAGAAUGAGCUGAAGGUAUUUGUGGACUUAGCUUCUAUCUCUGCGGGAGAGAAUGACAUGGAUGUGGAUCGUGUGGCUUGUUUCCAUGAUGCUGUCCUUGGCUACUCCUCCCUGUUGUAUGACUUGAAACGGGAAUCAGGAUUUGGGGAGCUCAUGAAGUGCUUGAGGAAACUUUGGAAAGCUCUGGAGAGUGACAACAACCUCCCAAAAAAACUGCGUGAUUCUGCAAGAUACUUGGAAUGGCUAAAAACAAUAAAAGAGAGUCAUGGUUCUGUGGAACUGUCAUCUAUAUCACUGGCAACUAAAAUCAAUAGCAAGGGAAUCUACCGAAUUAGGGCGCCAGCAGAAGGCCGGAAGGUUUCUUUGGAUACUGUCCUGUGCCUGACUAUCUCAGAAAGUCACGGUGGCCAAGAAGAGGAACGGCAGUACUCCCUAGAAGAGCUCCGAGAAUUGAUGAAUAAGCUGAUGCUGAUGUCAGGCAAGGUAGAACAAGGUGCAGAAGUAGAGAAGUUUUCUGAGGUAUUUUCUAGUGUCCAGAGGCUUGCACUGUCUUUCAUCGACCUUCAUUCUGCUGGAAACAUGCUUUUCCGCUCUUGGGUCGCUAGUGUAUAUUGCUCACCCAACCAUGAAUUCUGCCUUAGGAUGAAUUUCAAUUUAAAUUCUAGUUCUGUCCUUACUGGAAAUGGAGAUGUCACAGAUGUUCUGCCACUCAUUUGCCGAAAGAUGGAGAGUUUCCUGGAAAAGUGGAACCAGUUUAUGUCGGAGAAGCGAUCCCAGUACUAUUAUUUGAAUUACUAUACGGCAGAACAGUUUGUAUACUUGUCCAAGGAGCUUGGCUCAAAGUGCCCCCGUGAGGCUGCCUUAACGAUGCUGUCAUUUAUAAAGCACAACUGCAGCAAGCAAGAUAUCCAGGAGGUCUCCAGCCAAGUAGCGUCUAAAAAAGCAAAGAGGAAUUUUGCUGAUUUAUUUGGGCCGGUGGCAAGAGGGAAAGAGUUGGCUGUACAACUGGAGUACAUCUGGGAGUCGUACAUGGGAAGUAUGGGCUCAUUCCUUCCAGGCUGCCUGGACAUUGAAACCCUUGGCAUUUACUUGGCCACCCUGGCAGAUCUGGAGAAGAAGAGUGUUAUGCGAAAAUUGCCACAAGGUCUUCAUGCUGGCAGGCCUAACCUCAUUCUCUGUCCUCGCUCUGAGGUGUUGGCUUCGGCACUGGCCAUCUACAUGAACAGUCCAGGGGAGAUGCUACCCUCUUACGAUGAAGUGCUGCUCUGCACACCACAAACCAGCUAUGAACAAGUGGCGCUGUUUUUGAGGCGGUGCCUCACUCCAGGCUAAGGGGAGAAGAUUUACACCUUGCUGUUUGCAGAUGAGUUGAGUUAUGAUGUUGGCUACAGGUCUGAGGAACUUUUCCAGAGUCUUCACUUAAAGCAUCAGGAUGAUUAUAGGCUAGUGAUUCUCUGCAACUGUGAGAGAGAGCACUGCUAUGUCCCUUCUGUCUUCAGCCAGUUCAAAGUUCACAUGAUCCCUCAGCAGCCCCUGAAGGACAUUCAGGGCUACCUUGGGAAUCAUUACAAAGCAACACAGCCCAAUUCAUCAGCUUCUGUCUUCAAGGACCAAAUGUGUGUUGGGAUUGUAGCUUCUGAAAGAGCUGGAGCAGGAAAAUCUCUCUAUGUAAAGAGGCUGCAAGAGAAAAUGGAAGCAAAACUACAUCACUCUGAAGUGCCAUUAAAAACUAUUAGGUUGAUAGACCCCCACGUGGAUGAAGGGAAAGUGCUGAAGUCUCUUCUCCCAUUCCUGCACCAUAAGUACCAGAAACAGCCUAUGAUAUUUCAUUUUGAUAUCACUUCUUCAGUUCAUUCUGGAAUUCCAGAAUUUCUGUUCAAGCUCUUAGUUUUACAGUACCUGGCAGAUAUACAUGGGAAACUCUGGCUGCGGAAACAGUGUCAUUUGUAUGUCGUAGAAAUUCUUCAAACAUCUUCAUCACCAAGAAAACAAACUAGAUCUUAUUUUCCAGGAUUGAAGUACAACUUCAUGGAUGUGUUCCCCAAAGUAACCUGCAGAUCUCCCAAGGAAGUCCUAGAAAUGGACAUGCAGAGGAAUCUGUCCUAUGAUUGCUCAGACCCAGGUAUAGAUCAGGAAGUGUUUCGUAGCGAAGCCUUUCAGAGACCCUACCAGUACUUGAGAAGAUCUAGCAGAGGAGAUUGCCUUGACACAUUCCAGUAUGAAAAAGGCUCUGUUGAAGGGACACCAGCAGAGUGCCUGCAGAUGCUCCUGAUCCACUGUGGAGUGAUAGAUCCUUCCUGGUCAGAACUGAGAAACUUUGCUUGGUUUUUGAACCUUCAACUGAGAAAUUGUGAAACUUCAGUGUUCUGUAAUGCUGCUUUUGUCGAUGACGCUUUACACGGCUUCAAAAAUUUCGUGGUCACAUUUAUGAUUUUAAUGGCAAAGGAUUUUGCUACACCAUCUCUAAACAUUUCUGAUGAAAGCCCUGGGAAUCAGUUUUUUGACAUGGAAGGAGUCACAGAAGAAGAUCUUGCUCCAUUUUGUGUUCGGAAGAAGUGGGAGUCAGAACCCCACCCAUAUAUAUUUUUCAAUGCGGAUUCUGUAUCUAUGACAUUCAUUGGCUUUCAUCUCAAACCCAGUGCUAAUGGUGGUAUUGAUGCCAUCAAUCCCUUGAAUGGGAGUGUCAUCAAGAGAAAUGUAAUGACAGCUCAGCUAUACCAGGGAUUGUGCCUUCAGAGAGUUCCAUUCAACAUUAAUUUUGAUGCACUGCCCAGACAUGACAAAAUUGAGAAACUUUGCAUGGUUUUAGGAAUUCAGUGGCCAAUUGAUCCUGAUGAUACGUAUGAGCUCACAACAGACAAUAUGCUAAAGAUCCUUGCCAUUGAAAUGCGAUUCAGGUGUGGUAUCCCUGUUGUCCUCAUGGGAGAAACUGGCUGUGGAAAAACCAGGCUAAUAAAAUUCCUGUGUGAACUACGUAGGAGCGGUGCCAAUGCCGAUAACAUGAAGCUUGUCAAGGUCCAUGGAGGCACCACAGCAGAUGCAAUCUAUGCCAAAGUCAGGGAAGCAGAAGACAUUGCUAUUGACAAUAAACAACAAUACCAGUUUGACACCAUCCUGUUUUUUGAUGAAGCCAACACCACUGAAGCUGUCAGCAGCAUCAAGGAAGUCUUGUGUGAUCGUACAGUUGAAGGACAGCCUUUGGUCCACAACUCAGGUCUGCAAAUCAUAGCUGCAUGCAAUCCUUAUCGCAAGCAUACAGGGGAAAUGAUUCAGCGCUUGGAAUCGGCUGGCUUAGGCUACCGUGUCAAAGCAGAGGAGACCAAGGAAAAGCUUGGCUCCAUUCCUCUUAGGCAGCUGGUAUACCGUGUCCAUGCGCUCCCUCCUAGCAUGAUCCCUCUAGUGUGGGAUUUCGGACAGUUGAACAACGUUACUGAAAAACUCUAUAUACAGCAGAUUGUGCAAAGACUUACUAGGUCAAUACCAAUGUCUGAUGUUGAGCUCCAGUUAAUAACAGAUGUACUUUUUGAGUCUCAGACGUAUAUGAGGCAAAGGAAUGAUGAAUGCAGCUUUAUCAGCCUCAGAGAUGUGGAACGCUGCGUGGAAGUCUUCAAGUGGUUCCACAGCCACAGUGAACUACUAAUGAAACAUCUGGAGAAGCAAGUUGCAGAGAGGAAGGCAGCUAAAGUUUUUGUCCAGCGAGACCCAGUCCUUUGGUCCUUGGUUCUUUCAGUGGGUGUUUGCUACCAUGCUUCCCUGGAAAGGAAAAGGGAGUACCGCAGAGUCAUCAGCACCAUCCUUCCAGAGCCAUAUGAUGAUGAAAAGGGAAUCCUUGAAGAAAUUGGCUUAGUUCAGGAUCUCUUCUUGAGUGACCUACCUCUGAGGGAAACGAUCGCCAAGAACUUGGCACUGAAGGAAAAUGUUUUUAUGAUGGUUAUCUGCAUUGAACUUAAAAUCCCCUUGUUUCUCAUUGGCAAGCCUGGCAGUUCCAAAUCUCUUGCCAAAACGAUUGUGGCUGAUGCCAUGCAAGGCCAAGCAGCAUAUACUGAUCUUUAUAAAGAACUGAAGCAAAUCCAUUUGGUGUCCUUUCAGUGCAGCCCACACUCUACGCCUGAGGGAAUCAUCAACACUUUCAAGCAUUGUGCUCGCUUCCAAGAAGGAAAGAACCUAAAGGAGUAUGUCUCUGUGGUGGUGUUAGAUGAAAUUGGCUUGGCUGAAGACUCCCCCAAAAUGCCUCUGAAGACCCUUCACCCGCUCUUGGAAGAUGGCUGUGUUGAUGAUGAUCCACUCCCUCAUAAAAAAGUUGGCUUCAUUGGGAUCUCUAACUGGGCGCUGGAUCCAGCUAAGAUGAAUCGAGGCAUCUUUGUAUCCCGUGGAGAACCAAACAAGAAGGAGCUCAUAGAAAGCGCAAAGGGUAUCUGCUCUUCAGAACGCUCCGUCCUGCACAAAGUUGACCGUUUCUUUCCCAUCUUUGCAAGUGCUUAUGAGGAAAUUUGCAAGACCCAAGGCAAGGAGUUCUUUGGGUUGCGUGAUUAUUACAGUCUCAUAAAAAUGGUGUUUGCUUUAACCAAAAAACUGAAAAGAGAACCAGCUUCCCGUGAACUAGCAGAGAUAGUUCUCCGUAAUUUCAGUGGUAAAGAAGGUGUUGAGGCCUUGAACAUUUUUAUGUGUAGGUUCUCAGAAAAAGGAGAUGUCAUCCGUGAGGAUAUUGGUACAAUUGAUCUAGUUCAGCAGAACAUUUACAGUGACUAUGAGGAUGGUGAAUGCCGUUACCUGCUGGUGUUGACGGAAAAUUAUGCAGCCCUCCAGAUCCUGCAGCAGGCUUUUUUCAAAGGUACACAGCAGCCAGAAAUUAUUUUUGGUUCCAGUUUUCCCAAAGACCAGGAAUACACCCAGAUCUGCAGAAACAUCAACCGAGUGAAGAUCUGUAUGGAGACAGGGCAGAUGGUCAUUCUUCUCAACCUGCAGAAUCUGUAUGAAAGCCUCUACGAUGCCCUCAACCAGUAUUAUGUUCAACUUGCUGGUCAAAAGUAUGUUGACUUGGGCUUGGGGACCCAUCGAGUGAAAUGCAGAGUGCACCCUAAGUUCCGUUUGAUUGUCAUUGAGGAGAAAGAGGUGGUCUACAAACAUUUCCCCAUCCCAUUGAUCAACAGGCUUGAAAAGCACUACCUAGACAUCAAUACUGUGUUGGGCAAGAGGCAAAGAGACACUGUGGAAGAAUUGAAGAAAUGGGUGGACAGCUUCACAACAGUUGAAACAGAAAAAUACUUUAUGGGCCAGCAGAAAUAUACCCCUUCUGAUGUCUUUGUUGGCUACCAUCCUGACACCUGUGCCUCAGUUGUCUUGCAGGUGACGGAGAAGCUGAAAAUGGAUGCUUCCCCUCAGGAACUGAUGCGAAAAGUACAAGAAGAAGCCAAGUUGGUCCUGUUAAACUGUGCAACGCCUGAUUCUGUAGUCCGCCUUGGUGAUUCGCGGCUGGGUUCCUUUCUGGCAGAUGACUUGGCCAGGGUAUACUUUCAGCAGCAACAUCACACUUCGCUUGCAGAGUUCCUUCGUGCUUGCCUUGAGACAGAGUCUAGGGGUCACACAACCUUUAUUGAGGUUACAACUUUCUCUAGACUCUUGACUGCGGCAGACACAGAGACUUUGAAGACAGAACUAUUGGACAAUGUAGGCAUUCCAAAAGUUCUUUUCUUGCAACAGUUUGACACAGAACAUUCCUUUUUGAAAGAAAUUCGGAAUUCUCUUUCUGUUGCGCCUGGAACUAAAAUACUGAUUAUUCAGACUGACUUUGAAAACGGAUCUCUCAGUGCCCAGAUUGUUGCCUCAGCCAAAUACUCAGCUGUUAAUGAAAUUAACAAAAUAGAUCUGUGUGAAGCCUCAGUGUUUGUGCUCUUCAUCACUAAGCUAUCUCGCGUUGAAGGAGGAAGUUCCUAUGUGGGAUUUCAUGGAGGAAUGUGGCAGUCUGUGCACAUUGAUGAUCUAAGGAGAUCCAAGGAUAUGGUUUCUGAUGUAACUUCCCUGAGGAACAUAACCCUCAGCCAGCUGUUUUAUGAAGAUACGGGGAAGUCUGCACAAAAACCUGUGAUUAUGGCAAAGGAAGAAGAACAAGAUGAGGAGGUGGAUGUGGUAUCAGCAGCACCCAAAACAGAAAGAUUGGCUCCCAAAAUCUUGGACACCACCGUUCUUCUGAGGAGCUGCGUGCAAAGUGCUGUGGGGAUGCUAAGAGACCCAAAUGAGAGUUCCAGCCGCAGCACUAGGAGGAUUGAAAUUCUCCUUAGCCUUCUUUCUGAGGAAAGUGAUUUGAAAGCCUCCUUCCUGAAGAUAACAAAGAAUCGCCUCUUAACCCUUUUGGAAAAGCAAGAGGAGAACUCUUACAUCAUGAAAGAGUGGGUGCUUCGGGAGGCAUCGAACCUCAAUGCCCUCCAAGAAGCAGGAACUUUCAGGCACACCUUGUGGAAGCGGGUGCAGAGUGCAGUUAUACCAUUUCUGGCCUAUAUGGUGUCUGUCCUAGACAGAGACGGCAACUUGGACCUGCUGGUUAGACCAGAAACAGAAAGUUGUGUGAAAGCUCUGUGGAUGUUCAUCUUCAAUGAUCUCAAUCUUCUGAACAUCCCUUACAUUAUGAGUGAGAAAAGCUCCCAAUCCAAGACAAUUCUGGUGGAGAAUUCCUUGCAGGUAUUUACAGAUGCUGGCAAUGAAAUACCCUUCAGCUGGAGGAUAAAGGAUUUUUUGGAAGACCUUUGGGUUCAAGCCCCAUAUGUCAUUGGUGAUGAAGGCCAUGCGGAGAAGUUUGUAGGACUCUUUCAGAAGACACCACUGGGGCAGCAUAUUGCUGGUCUCUCUGCUGAAGAAAGAAACAUCAUUUUCCACUGUUUUAUCAGAGACUAUAUCCGUCUGAUAAUGCAUGUGGCCUCUCCGAAGGAGCUGAAUCUGCUGCAGACAGCUCUCUUAUCAUGCAUAGAGGAAAUGAAGGCAGCCUCGCCCAGUGCGGAGGAGGAGGUGCUGCCCAUCUCCUGGAUCCAUCUUGGCUACCAUCAGUUUAGUAGUCGUCUGCAAAACCUUUCCAGGAUUCUUGCUGUGAACCCUGAGGUGCUCAGUGCUCUCACUGAACAUAUUGAGAAAGGAGGCAGCCUCUUGCAUCGCCAAAUGGUUUUGGAUGUGCUUGCCGCAAUUGCUUGUACUGAGAUGUUGGAAGAAAAACUGCUGAACUGCAAAUCUCAAACAUGGCUCCAGCAGGUGAAGAAGCUUCAAAUGCCAAUUGAACUUGUGUGUACAGCAAACUACUUUCAAAGCAAUGAGAGCCAAUGUGACCAGCUGCUCCAGGAAGUCAGGAGCCGAUGGAAUCGGGUUUUCUCAGUCUCUCUCUUUGUGGAACAUGUGCUACUUGGAGCAGAAAAGGCGAUCCCAGAGAUGGUGGAUCUGAUAAAGCAAUACACCAUAAGGCUUGGAAAGUGUUUCCAGUGGAAUUCUGACAUCAAAACUCUUAACACAUUCACUGCAGUGAUGAAAGUGCUGUGCGACUGCAAGGAUGAAAUCAGUUCAGCAUUUUGCAAGUAUGGCUUAAGACCGUGUCCAAUAUGUAUGGGAGAUCCUAAGGACCCAGUCAACCUACCUUGUGAUCACGUAUAUUGCCACAGUUGUAUCAAACAGUGGCUGGUGGCAGGACAGAUGUCCUGUCCGCUUUGCCUGGUUGAACUACCAGAAAAAUAUUCUAUUGAAGUAUCCAAGGAGCUCAGUAUUUGCAUAGAAAAAAACACCCAGUUCCGUAAGUUUUGCAACAGUUUUUUCAUAGACCUGGUUUCUACUAUGUGCUUCAAAGACAAUGAACCCCCAGAAAAAGCUGUGAUCCAGAUGCUGCUGAAACUCCUGUUUUUCCAUACAAAGCCUUUGAGAGGAAACCCCAGGGUGCAUACAAAAUCGCUGUCCCCUUUUAACGAUGUGGUAGAUAAAACUCCUGUAAUUCGUUCCGUCGUGCUAAAGUUACUUCUAAAAUACAGCUUCAACGAUGUGAAAGUCCAUGUACAAAAUUAUUUAUCAGAAGUAGAAUCAAGCGGCAUCCUAGACAAAGAUGAUAAAACAAAAGUGUACGUGCUAUUUGUCAACUGCCUUGAAGAUUCUAUGUGUGAGAAAUCAGGAGCCUCCUCUGAGGAAAGCAAAGCAAACCGGCUAAGAGAGGAUGGGCGUUUCCUGGAAAACUACUUACAGUGGAGCAGGAACAGCAGUGACACCCGUCAAGAAGCCACCAUCGAGUAUUUGCAGGGUGUGGCCCACAUCCAGCUGUGCAUGGACAGGGCUGCAGAGCUGCUCUUUGAGCUUCAUAGAGCUUCAGAUGGUAGUGAAGAAACAGAGAAGCAACUCUACCUGCAGAAAGUGAAGCGCUUCUGCUGUCAGACUAAAAAUGACUGGUAUAGAGUUUACCUUGUCCGAAAGCUUACUAAUCAGUAUGGAAUGGAGUUCACACAGAGGCUUUCUAGUGAACAACAGUAUCUCUGGGUAUUUCCAUCAGAAGUCAUUAAACAGCAACAGAGUCAUCAGCACAAUCAGAUGGAUCGGUUCCUGGUAUGCGGCAAAAACUACAGAGUAGUUCGUGAUGCUUUGGGAAAAGCAAUAAUAGAAUGCCAGGCAGAUGGUAUUGCAGCAGCCCUGAAGGCAUGCAAUGUCUCCAAGUCUGUCCAGGCUGUUCAUUUUCUCUUGGCUGUCUUCAGAGAGUUCACAUCUCUGUAUGGAUGCAAGGAGCAGAGUCUUCAUCCGAAGCAGGAGCAACGUGAUGUUAUCAAGGAGUUCAUCCAGAGCUCCAGCGUUCUUCCUUCUCCAGAGCUGGAGAGAUUUGCAGAAUCUCUGAUGGAUAACCAUCUCCCCUCACUGGCACUGAGCCCCCAAGAUUCCAGCCACAAGAGGGUAGUGAUUGAGAUGGCAAUUCACACUGCUGCUGUCUUGCUGUCUGGCCAGAAUCGAAUCCUUGAACCUCUAAGGAAUCUGGCAUUCUCACCUCAUACCAUGCAGGGUGCUUUUCUGCCAACAAUGCCAGAAGACUUACUGGCUCAGGCUGUGAGAUGGGAAGCAGCAGCAGGACUUCGAUGGUAUACAUGUCCAAAUGGCCAUCCCUGCACUAUUGGAGAGUGUGGUCGUCCCAUGCAGCGUGGUUUGUGUGUUGAUUGUGGUCUUGUAAUAGGAGGCGACAACCACAAAGCAGUGGCAGGCUUUCAAGAAGCACGGGAUAUUCAAGACAGAUCACAAACCGGCCAUGUGCUUGGACCACCUGAAAAAAGAGAGGCUAAGGUUGCAUCUGAGAGGGAGAUGUCUCCAGCUGUCCUGAUUCUGAUUCGCUUGCUCACUCAUUUGUCGCUGCUGUUGGGAGCCACAAAAGAUCGCCAGUCCCUGCUACAGAUCAUAAAACCACCAGUUCAGGAUCCAGUUAGCUUUCUCAUGCAGCAUAUUCUUAAGGACUUGGAGCAACUGAUGAAUACUCUUGGGAAGUGUGCUGAUGAAACCACCAACGUUGUCCAUCUCAUUCUUUGUAGCCUUCUCAAGGAGCCUCACCAACAGACAGGCCAAUGGCCAGUGCGUUUUGAUGGUCAACUCUCCAAAAAAGAGCAAAGAAACAACUGGGAGGGAAUUGUUGCACACAUCAUUCUUCCUGAACUGGAGGUUCUGGAUAAAACACUUCUGGAGUUGAAUCGACGAAUCAGUGAAGAUGAGAGAAUCUCUUCGAACCCAGUAGUGAAAGUUGUAUAUGGGGACCCUGCAGCCUUCCUGUUCACACUGACCAACAGCCCUAUACACUGUUCCAGGAUGUGGAGCUGCAAGAAGAGGAUCUCCAUUGAGUACCUGGGGCACGUUGUCCAGCAGAAAGGUGGCAAGGACACACUGCCCAUCUUAUGGAAGUUUCUGCAAAAGGAAGCUGAAUUGAGACUGGUAAAGUUUUUGCCAGAAAUUCUGGCCCUGCAGAAAUACUUGGUGAAAAGGUUCCAGAACGUGUCAGAGCUGGAAUACCGAAAGAUUGAAGAUUUUCUCAACAUUUCCGCAGAAGGCAAGAGGUGCCUUAUGACAAACAGAGUGAAGAUAUUUCUGACUGUUUGGAACAAACUGAGAUCUUCCUUGGAAACCAGUGGUGAAAUUAAACUCCCCAAAGAUUAUUGUGCUUCUGACCUCACUCUGAAUAGUGACUUUGAGAUCCUUCUGCCUCGCCGACAUGGUCUAGGCCUCUGUUCCACUGCCUUGGCCAGUUAUCUCAUUGGCCUACACAAUGACUUUGUCUACACCGUAGAAAAAUAUACAACAGAUGCCGAAAGAUACUCAGUCAGCCCUGCCGAAGUGACGGAUCUACAUGUGAUCACUUACGAGGUGGGGAGGGACUUGAUCCCACUGAUCCUGUCCAACUGCCAAUACAGCGUGGAGAAAGGAGGAGAAGCCCUCCAGGAACUGGAACUGGAAAAAAUUGAGCAGCAAAUCACUAGCAGAUUCCUACAGGGAAAGCCUUUAAUCACAUUGACAGGCAUACCCACUCUGGUAUACAGGCAUGACCAAAAUUAUGAGCAUCUCUUCAAUGAUAUCAGAACCAAGCUGAGCCAGAGCUCUCUGCCAAAUUCCACAAUUGGCAUGAUCAGUGGGGAGCUGCUAUCCUACAGUGACAUCUGUGAAGCUCUGUCUGUCACCGAAAUAACCUUAGGAUUCCUAGCUGUGGCUGGAGGAGACCCAGAUAUGACUUUGUCUAAGUAUGUUGAAAAUAUCCUGCAAAUGGGCCAUCAGAUAAGUGACCACGUGAUGAAGGUGCUGAGCCGAUGUCACCUAAAGCACAUUAUUGCACUGUGGCAGCUCCUUUCAAGCCAUAAAUCUGAACAGCUGCUGCAUCUGAGAAAGGAUCCCUUCGCAGAGGUCAGCGAAUCCUAUAAAGAGGAGCUCACUCCAGAGAACACAAAACUCCUCAAUGCCUUCCUUAUGCAGGCUGGGCUGGAGUCCUUCCUCCAAGAGUUGCACGAAAUGAUCAUCCUGAAGCUGAAACAUCCCAAAGCUCAGGAGGCGUUCAAUCCCACGUGGAGCCUUAAAGACACACUUGUUCCAUACCUUGAAACGAAAGGGAGCAACAUACCAGAAGAACUAGAGGAUACAUUCCCAGAAGAGAUCCUGCUCUCCCAGUGUAUCGCUGCCUGGAAAGUGGCUGCCGCUCUUAAACGAGACCGAAGGCUUGGUUAAAUCAGACACUGCGCUGCUUCCUCUCUUCUUGGCCAAGCCACUUUCUGGGGGGGGGAAAAUCCUGGAGAGCAAAGCACUGGAUUUAGGUGCUGCUUUUCUUGCACAUAGCAAAAAAACUUGAAAAGCCACCUUUUGCUGAAGGAGUUCCUAAUGGAAAGUGUCGCUGCACGAUAUUAAGAAUAAACUAUAAUGUGUAAAUCUUAAUUUAAGCCAUAGAAGCCAAAAUAAAAAUGCUAUUUAUACCCCAGUAGAGCACAAGCCGAAAGAUGCAAGCCACAUUCAGAGGAAGGCAAAAAGACCUUUUCAGUGGCAAGUUUAGUGGCUAGCAACACAGGUCCUUAAAAAAACCAAGGUAUAAAUGGUCAGUAUGGGGCUAUAGAGCAGGGGCUGUGUGUCCCCUUUCUGUGGGAUGUCUCUUUCCCCUUAAGUCACUCAGGUCGGCAAGAUACAAGGAACCAAUCCUCUUUCCCUCAGGUUUUUUCUUAGUCUUCCUAAGUACUACCAAAGCUGCCUUCUCUACUAUUAGGGGCAUUGUUUGUUUGUAACUUUUAUUUUGUCAUGGUGUGUCUGUUAAUCUUUGGAUCAGGGCACCCAAACAAAAAUUGUCAAAGCUUGGUCAAGGAAGUUUUCCAGGUGGCUUUCUUUAAGCCAUUCAGCAGGCACAGAGAACUAGCUUGACGUCACUGCCUACACAAGAAGCAGCCAGUCAAGGUUGCCUAACCUGCCUGUUGUUGGCCAUUGUGAAUAGGUAUAUUCACUCACUUAGGCAGCCUUCUUCAUAGUCACAUAAGUGUCAAAAUCUGCUUGUUUCGCAGCUGGACCCUUGUAUGCAUAAACUUGGUUUUCCUUUCUUUGACCUCAACAACUUAGAUAUUCUAGUUGAUGUUAGUGCUUUGAAUAUAACAACUGAUUUGCUGCUGAUGUUAAAUUUGCAACUGUGAUCAUGAUUAACUAUGCCGUCUUAAUUUCUGUUUGGGCCGAAAAAUAGCUCAAGCACAUUUCUCUGAUCAGCUUCAUGAAGGAAACAGUGUUGAAUUUAUUGGACCAACUAGAAUGCUUUCAAAAAUAAGAUAGCUAUUUUAUUUCAUUUAAAUAAUGUUAUGUUUAAACUGUCAGCUAUAUACAGCACAUUUAGCAGCUUGAGAUGCAGUGCCUCAUUAAAACAACAAAAGGAGGAGAUUCUGUGGAAGUGAUUAAGAUUUCUUGAAGGAGGAAGAAAAUACCACUUACUCCUGUGUGAACUGGUGCACCAUUAAUUGAAGGAACUUUUUCAAAUUUCUGUUGAACUGUAUUCAUGUGGAUUUUUAAGCAUCUUUCCCAAAAUAUUCUUGUCUCGACAGGCGGAUGACAACGACAACCCAAAAUAUUUUUGGGAGGGAUUUCUCAGGGUGAAAGUAAAGUAGUAUCUGCCACUGCUAUAAAUGAUACUAGCCAAGUUCUGUUGGUGCUUUAAAUUUUAUGUGCUUUAUAAAUAACAGGGUUCUUAAUAGGUAAUCAUACCACAUGUGCUUACACGUACUUCAGUUCACUGAACUUUUUCUUAAAGGGCUAUCAAAAGCUCAUUUCACAUAUUCUGAGUACUUGCAUUUCUGGCCAUCUGCAUAACUUCCCUAAACUUGACCUGUUCAGCAUGCAUAAUCUAUUGAUAAUCUACACUGGGUACUAAAUACAGUUUAUGAGUCACUGCUGACCCAACUGAUUGUUAUUUAAGUAGUUACCUUAUUACUAGAAAGUUCUGAGUCUGGGGCUGAGUUGCUUACACUUGCUCUAUUUCCAAACAAGAAUACAAGGGACAGGACACAGUGAAGGAACAAAAUCCAUUAUUCUCCUUGUGGAUGAUACAUUUGGCUGUGAUAAAAUUAGCACUGUACUGGCGAAACAGUAAACUGUGGCUUUGUUUACGAGUAUACUGAGUUGGGGGACCAUAACCAACAAAUGUUUAAAGAUUAUUUUGUAUUUUUUCUCCUCCUUUUAAUAAAAAAUGGCUACACAAGA